AUGGCACAUAUUGAUCGUAUUAAUAUACUUGCCAAUCAUCUUUCAAAGGAAGAAGAAGAAGAAAAUGAAUUAUUAACUUCACCAGUUUCUGCUGAUAAAAAAAAAGAGACAGUUACAGUUACAGAUAAUAGAAAUGGUAAAAGCUAUGAUUUCAAAAUUAAAAAUGACACUAUUAAUGCUUUAAACUUUAAAGAAUUACAAUUAGCCAAAGGUGAUGGUGGUUUAAUGAUUUAUGAUCCAGGUUUCCAAAAUACAGCAGUUGUAACAUCAUACAUUACAUAUAUUGAUGGUGAUAAAGGAAUUUUAAGAUACAGAGGUUAUCCAAUUGAAGAAUUAGCAGAAAGAUCAAACUUUUUAGAGGUUGCUUAUCUUUUAAUCAAUGGUAACUUACCAAAUAAAUCACAAUUAGAUGGUUGGAGUAAUAAAAUUAUGACUCAUACUUUUCUUCAUGAAAAUUUGGUUGGUCUUAUGAAAACAUUUAGAUAUGAUGCUCAUCCAAUGGGUAUGUUAAUUAGUACUGUUGCAGCUUUAGGUACUUUUUAUCCAGAAGCAAAUCCUGCUUUAGCUGGUGGAGAUAUUUUUAAAAGUGAAAAUGUUAGAAAUAAACAAAUUUAUAGAAUUGUUGGUAAAUUACCAACAAUUGCAGCAUGUGCAUGGAGACAUCGUAUUGGUCGUCCAUAUAAUACACCAGUGAAUCAUUUAGGUUAUACAGAGAAUUUCUUGUAUAUGUUGGAUAAAUUAUCAGAACCAGACUAUAAACCAAAUCCAGUUUUAUGUCGUGCAUUGGAAAUUUUAUUCAUUCUUCAUGCAGAUCAUGAAUUAAAUUGUUCAACCGCUGCAAUGAGACAUAUUUCAUCAUCAGGUACCGAUCCAUACACAAGUGUUGCUGGUGCCGCUGGUGCAUUAUAUGGUCCAUCUCAUGGUGGUGCCAAUGAGGCCGUAUUGGAUAUGUUAAUUCAUAUCGGUUCCAAAGAGAAUAUUCCACAAUUCAUUUCAGAUGUAAAGAGCAAAAAGAAGAAAUUAAUGGGUUUCGGUCAUAGAAUCUACAAAAACUAUGAUCCAAGAGCCAAGAUCAUUCGUAGAGUAGCUUAUGAAGUUUUCGAAAGUUUAGGUAAAGAACCAUUGAUUGAAGUAGCCACUGAGUUGGAGAAACAAGCCUUGGAAGAUGAAUACUUUGUAAGCAGAAAACUUUAUCCAAAUGUUGAUUUCUACUCUGGUCUCAUCUAUAAAGCAAUGGGUUUCCCAACUGAUAUGUUCCCAGUUUUAUUCACUAUUCCACGUGCCGUUGGUUGGUUAGCUCAUUGGGUAGAACAUUUAGAAGAUCCAGAAACUAAAAUCUAUCGUCCACGUCAAGUUUACAAAGGUGAAUGGUUUAGAAACUAUGUCCCAAUCGAUGGUAGACCACCAGCUAAAGUUCGUUCUCAGGAUAGUUAUUCGUCUGCUACCACUAAAAGAUAUUCAAAAGUUACUUCUCAUUAA